AUGCCUGAAUACACUCCUCUUGCGAAAUGGACGCUCAUUACAAGCUGGACGCUAACUGUACUCGGGUUUCUUUCGACUGCAUUAAGUGUUUUUGUGUAUAGGAAAGUUGGCUUUGAUGUCGCCCUCGUCAUAGUAUCGUUUAUCCUGGCCACCAUCCUCGUCACACUGUCUACAUGGGCUAUUGUAGACGAGGGCCAAGGCAUGCACGAACAGGAUAUCUCAACCGCGCAGUUGGAUCAUAUGGCAAAGUCGCUGCUCGUUUCUGAGGCAUUAUGGAGCAUCGUUAAUAGCCUGAUGCGCAUCGCAGCCUGUCUCUUCCUUCGCAAAAUUUUCAAGGUUUGCGACCGCUUCCGGCUGUUGGCCAUACUUAUGCUACUAAGUGGCCUGUUGGCCAUCGCCUCAGUGCUUCAAGUAUUCUUGAUGUGCCGGCCGUUUGCGGCCAGCUGGGAUAAAACCAUUCCAGGCACAUGCGGUAACCAGAUGAUAUCGUUUAUGGUAUUUGAGUCGUUCGGACUAGCCCUCGACGUUGCCAUCCUGGCAAUCCCCGCCUGGCAGAUAAUGAUGUUACGCCUUUCUUUCCGCAGCCGUCUCGAAGUAAUCGCGCUCUUAGAUGUUGGGGUAAUCGUGCUGGUAGUCUCUGGUCUCCGAAUAAAAGCGUUGUAUAAUGCCGUUUCUCAGGACUUCUCUUAUUCGAAUAGCUAUAUGUCGCUUCUAUCGGCCGUGGGCACGAUGAUAGGCAUUAUUUGUUGUGGGUUCCCUGCCCUCAGAAGCAUAACAACCAGGCGGAAGCAAGAACCCCACGAGCAACUGGCUGAUAUGGAUGAGCAUAAGAGAUAG